AAAAUCUGCUAUCAGUUGUAAGAUAGUCAUCAUUUUGUCUACACCUACUCACAAUAAAAAUGAGAAUUCAGGAAAUCUUUAGCUUCAUACCGAUAAGUGUUUUUCUAUGCUUAAAUUAUUCAGCAUUGAGGGCGGAGAGUGCAAAAAUCUUGGCAGUGUUUCCAUUUCCUGGACCUUCACAAUAUAUUUUGGUUCAACCCUAUCUGAAACAAUUGGCCUCUAGGGGUCAUGAGGUGACGGUGGUCAAUGCAUUUCCCCAGAAGGAAAAAGUGAAAAAUUUUCGUGAUGUGCCGGUGCUGGAGGUGCAUGAGAACUAUGCAGCCGUCAUAGCUGAUAUACAAGUUCAACGCAAUGUUUGGCAGGAUAUGACAUUUCUAUCAGACUUUUUCAGCAAUGUAACCGAGACGGCAUUGAAAAAUCCCGAAAUGCAAACUUUGCUAAAGAACGAACAUUUCGAUUUGAUCAUAUUGGAGGCCCUUCACACAGAUGCCCUCUAUAGUUUGGGCAGACAUUUUGCAGCACCCAUGAUAGGCUCGUCCUCCUUUGGCACUGACAUCAUUAUCGAUGAGCUUAUGGGCAAUAUCUCCCCUCUAUCGUAUGCACCUCAAACCACCAUAGGCUAUACGGAUCAUAUGUCCUAUAAGGAACGUUUGCAUAAUGCCUUCUCCCAACUGUUGGAGUUACUGCAUCUCAGGUUGGUGCAUUUGCCGCGUCAACGUCAAAUAUUGAAAAAGUAUUUGCCUCACAUAAGCGAAGAUAUAUGGGAUUUGAGAAUGAAUUUUUCAUUGAUGUUACUGAAUCAGCAUUUUUCCUUGAGUUUCCCCAGGCCCUAUGUGCCCAAUAUGGUGGAAGUGGGUGGACUACAACUGCAACACUCUUCCAAACCCUUGCCCUUGGAUAUGCAGCAGUUUAUAAACUCCAGUAAUGAGGAUGUCAUAUAUUUCUCUAUGGGCUCAAAUUUGAAAUCGAAAAAUUUCCCACCCAAGCAAUUAAAAAUGAUCGUUGAGACAUUUCGUAAGAUUCCCUACAAAAUCCUAUGGAAAUUUGAGGAUCCCCAAUUGGAGGGGAAACCCAAAAAUGUCUUCAUCAGUUCUUGGUAUCCACAGCCGGAUGUCCUGGCCCAUCCUAGAGUGAAGCUCUUCAUAUCACAUGGCGGUCUCUUGAGCACCACCGAAUCUGUGUCACAUGGUAAGCCCAUGCUGGGUCUACCCAUGUUCUACGAUCAAAUGAUGAACAUCGAAAAGGCCAAACAAUCAGGUUUUGCUUUAAGCCUUGAUUUUAACUCCAUGGAAAGGCAGGACUUUGAGCAAAGUAUUAGGGAAAUGAUGAGCAAUCGGCGAUAUUCGAAUAAGGCCAAAGAAAUCUCUCGCCUGUAUCAUGAUAAACCUAUGAAAGCUAUGGAUUUGGCCAUCUAUUGGACAGAGUAUGUUUUGCGCCAUCAUGGAGCUGUACAUCUACAGAAUCGAGCACAGAAAAUGAAUUUUCUACAAAAACACAGCAUUGAUACUCUGGGAGUUCUAAUAGGGUGUGUUGUAGUUGUUCUAGUUUUAGUGGAUAUGAUUAUUUAUAAUUUAUGGAAGUUAGCUAUGGGUGAAAGAGUGAAAAAGGAAAAGGUUCAAUAGUUCAUUCAUUGGAAAGGAAAGCAAAAUUAAUGUGAAAAACGAAAAGUGGCCCAAAUGAAUCUCUGUACCAAAUAAUGAAGGGGCCAGCA